GCCGACCACUAUCCGUGGCACUAAGGUAAGCCCUUCUUGCACAAGAUUCAUAGGCUUCUCGUCAUAUCGAGGACGUGCGCUCGACACGUUCCGCAUGUCUCGAAAAAAGGACGUAUACUGCUCUCGGGAUAGGUCCGAGGGGCCUCUUUCUUUGGAGCCUUGGGAAAAAGGAAAGGGUAAAAGUCCUUUUGUCGACCUCUCCUGCCCUCCCCCUCAAGGUGCGGUAUGGACCCUCGCCUGUCGACUAAGCUAACUACACUUUACUCCCAAUGGUCUAGGGAGCAACACCUCGAACUCAAGAAGCGAUGACCUUAAACUCAACAUCGAACUACUGACACGCAAGUGGACUAACUAGACGGGCCUUCCUACCCGGCCCACACAGAUCGAAAAAGUGGCAGCAAAAUAACAGCUCUUUGCUUGCCCGUCCGUUAGUCUCUUAGCAAUCUUUCGCCAAUCUUUAUCAGUGUGGCAAAUGUGACGAAAGCCAUAGUGCAGACAUUGUAUGGUAACACAGUAGCAACUAAUAGCGGUCUUAAUCGCUUCAACGCGCGGCGGUACUUGUGAACGCUGCGGCGUUGAUGACGCAAUAAGUUCAACGGUGGCAACUUGCUUUGUCCAAGAUCGAUCGGACCUAAUCAGGCCAGCUUGAAAUAGACCUGGCUGGCAGUUGAUUGCUUCAGCAGCUGCGGCAGCAAUAGUACUAGCUGCAAAAGCAGCAGUGGCCUGUUGAUUGUCGGAUUCGUUGACUCUUAAAGGACCCGUUGUCGUCCUCGGAAAGAGACGAUAAGUCAAUUCGUCAAACGCACCGAGUGUUGUUUACGAUUGGUGAUCAACUUAGCCCAUCAAUUCAAGCUUGUUCGAAGAAUAACGAACACACGCAGCGGACGUGUUCUUCACUGACGAAAACUGACAUUUGAGUUUCAUAUCGUGACGCCACAGACCGCGCUGUACACUUGACCGGCCCUCAUUCGCGGUAAUUCGGACUACCAAUGCAGAUGUUUUCUCUCUCCAUUGUGCAUUUAUUUGUUGCAUAACAAAAAUGGAAAAUUAAGCGGCAGCUACAACAGCAGCAGAAGAUUUACGACGCUUAGAUGUAAUCUUGGCCUUCUGCGUGUCGUAGGAAGAUCCAGCACAAGUUUUGCCAUAAAGACACUAGUUAUCAGACUCGCGGACAAUCGAAAACUGCAACGACUGCUUGUUGGGGCAAUAUCUUUUUCGUCAUCAAUUUGAGAAGGGAAAAAGCCAAGACGCGUCGAAGGCGUACGACUCGCAUUAUCGUAGAUAGUAACAAUGACAACAUCAAAAUAGCGCGUUAGCUGUUGAGUUUAGUCAAGUGAUGGCAAACUGCAGUAAAUAGAAUAGUCCUAUCAGAAUACAUCAUAGUGAUGUGCAGCCGUUCAUGUGAACCCGUAGGCAAAAUACUAUUACUGUUAAUAGCUCGACGUAAAGAUGUAAUUAUUUCAAAAAGGUAAAAAGAAAGGAGAACAGAACAAGAAGAUAAAAAUCAUAAUCGAGCACUUGCCUCCCCUGUAACGGUUAUUAGCUGGAUGACGAGUGCUCCCAUGUGCCUUGCUCGGUACGUGUAUUUUAUCUCAUUAUCUCAAACCUCUCCUUAACACUCGAGAAACGAGUUGGCUGCAGUUGACCGAAGUGGUGACGCCAGCCCUGAUAACAAUAGUACAUACAGCGCUGCUGGUGAAUGUAUAGCAAAUAUGGAUACAGAAUUACUCAGCGAUUCAGAGUUCUGCGAUGCUUCGCAGGAUUUCAAUGGACCGUCGUCGCUGGACUCGGCCUUUAGUUUACAGCUGGACCAGGACCCAAACCUCGAAAUGACGCUUGCGAAACACGAGGGCGCGCUUACUGAGUUACGUAUUAAGCUCGAUGGUAUUGACCAUAAAAUCCAUUGCCAAACGGACGACGCGUUUCUCCUGUGCUUUCUACGGCACAAAAAAUUCGACGUAGACGCGGCCUUCGUCAGCGUACAAAAGUACUACAAGCUCCGUAAAGAGUUUCCGGAUAAGAUCUGGCCACGGGGAAAAGGUGUCAAGUGGAUGGAAGAUUAUGUGGCAUUAAACAACUGUACCGUGUUCCCGAUCCGGAACAAAGUUGACGGCAGCUGGGUAUUUGCAUGGCGUAAAGGAGACUGGGUACCUGAGGAGGAGAAAUAUGUCUUAGCCGACUACCUUACAUGGGGCCUCUACAUGGCGGAAUACUUCUUGUAUAAAAAGGCUAAGUUGGACGCCGAUGAGGGCUGGACGUUGAUCAUGGAUUUAUCAGGAUUCGAGGCCCGUCACAUCCCUUAUUGCGAUCUGCGUGUCGUUAGGGCGUACACGUCGAUUCUGAAAGGUGCACUGCCUGUCAAGAUCAAGGCGAUUCACUUCAUCAAUGUACCAUCGGUGUUCCAUUACGUGCUCUGUCUCAUCAAGUUCCUCUUAACGGAUAAACUCCGCAGCCGUUUCUUCGUGCACAAAUGUGUUGCGGACUUGAGUAAGACGAUCGAUCCGGAAUGCCUGCCAGAAGAAUAUAGCGGUUCCGGUACUAAGUUCAGCUCGCGAUGGCUUUUCGAUGAGAUGGUACAAUACGAGCAAGAGUUCGCUGAGAGGAGCUACUUUGGUUAUAGACAAUAGUGUGUGAUGCGGUAUGGUGUAUCUCUUUAAGUUGUACGAAUCGUUAGCUGCAUAGAUCAGAUUCGCACAGGUGUAAAUUUCAUGGCCGACCAACUGGUAAUGAUCACAAGAGUGGACGUGCUAUGGAGAAAUAAAACAGUCGUUACCGACAUAGAAAUGUUCUAGUAGCUGAAAAGAGAAAAUGACGAAGAGGAGCGACUAAUAAAAAAAACAACAGAAGAAAAAAUAGUAUUCAAUCAAGAGAUUUAUUAUCGUGUUAACAAGGAAAUAUUGAAGAGUCAAAUCAUAGAAAGGGGCACGAUGAUUCCCGUGUGUACGCAAGAAAAACGUAGAAGGUAGAAAAUGAUGAUGAUGUUAGCAGGGGGAGAAAAGCUGUAGAGGGGUAGAGUUCUUGAUUGCGAUUGGUUGGGGCCAACUAUAGUGAUGUUAUUCAUCCCGCCGCCGCUGCUGCUAUUGAAAGCCACCGUUCGCGAGAUCUGUACAGACGGAAGGUCAAGUGUAUAACGAACUACACAAAAGGAGAGGUUCAGCAGGAUGAGUCAAUUUUAAUUUGCGCACAGCAUACACGUGCAUGUUCAAUAGCGUCGGCAGGACCCAAGUCGAAGCGAGCCAUAUAGACGCGUUGCUAUAUAGUGUUAAUUGCCAAAAAAAAAGAGCAAUGUAAUACGUCAGUUUCUGGGUCCUUUAGCCGACCCGGUUAUUAGAGUUAAAAAAUAGAACGUUUUAAAAGCAAUGUAAAGAUGUAAAUACUACUUUAAUAAAAAUGUGUUGUAUAGCCGAGAGAAUGACAACUGA